UGCUGCUCGCUCCCCGAUAACCGCGGGGACCCUCUCUCCCAGCACCCUCGGGGACAAGUAGCCCCACCAGCUGCUCGUACUGGUCUCCUCAACCCCACCCACAGCCGUCGGGGCACGGUGGGGCCCAUGAGGACUUUAGUGCUCAGAGGGGGCUUAGCAGGGUCCGGUGCAAGUGGGUCGUCGAACACCAAUCCGGUGCCAAAGUCCGGGACUCCCUGUACCACCUCCCUGGCUCCCAGGGCCGAGAUGCCCCUACCUGCCCCUCCCCUCCUCGCCCCCUGCCAUGCCGCCGCCGCUCUCCCGCGGGGCUGGCGCCGGUCAAUGUUUAACCGGAGCGGUGGUACCAGUUGUGCGGGGCAGCCCGAGCCGGCUGGCGGUGGCGCUGCUGGGACAGGCCGGGCGCUGCGGGCACCCAGAGCGAAUGGGGCUGGGGGAAUGGAGCCGGAGGGGGAGCGGCGCUGUGAGCCCCAGCCGGGUGCACGGCCCAAAACGCUCCCACGGGGCCCCGAGAGACCGAGCCCCGGAGAAGAGCAGGAGGGCCCCGUGCUGGGAAAAGAGACACGCCUGAGAGUGGUGCUGAGAGUCCGGCCACUGACCUGCACAGAGACGCGGCGAGGCGACCAGCGGGUGGUGCACAGCCUCGGAAACGGCACUGUCCAUGUGAGUGCAGCCAGGCACGACGCCACCUUUGGGUUCAGCGCCGUGUUCGACGCUGGAGCCUCGCAGGAGACCGUGUUUGAGGGGAGUGGGAUGAGGCAGCUGGUGGAGCUUGCCAUAGAUGGCUUCUCUUGCACCGUCUUUGCCUUCGGGCAGACCGGCUCGGGGAAGACCUACACCCUGAUGGGACCCCUCGCCCAGGGUGAGACCCAGCCGGAGGCCCCAGGGCUGCUGGGGCUGAUGCAGAGGUCCUUCGCCUGCCUCCUGGAGCAGAGCCACAGCCGCGGCUCUUACCUGGCUCUCAGUGCCUCCUAUCUGGAGAUAUACAACGAACAGGUAAGUGCCCCCCCAGUACAUCAUGCCCCUGUUCCCCUGGUGUCCCUGCUCCCCUGGUGCCUUCCCUCUGCUGUACUCCAGGUCCGGGACCUGCUGAGCCCGGGACCACCCUGUGCCCUGCCGCUGCGGUGGAGCAAAACCCGUGGCUUCUACGUGGAGAACCAGCUCAGCGUGGACUUUGAGAGCCUAGACACCAUCACCAACCUGCUCCAGCAAGGUGCUGAGCCACGGGUGCAGGGCCAGGCAUGCUCAGGAUGUGCCAGACCCAGAUCUCAGAGGCGACGGACCUCAGCACACGCCCUCAACAGGCACUCCAGCCGCAGCCACGCGCUUCUGACCAUCCACGUCCGCAGCCGAGCUCCCAGCACCUACCCCAGCAAGCAGGGUACACUGUGCUUCGUGGAUCUGGCUGGCAGUGAGCGGGUAAAGGAGACCGGCUCCAGUGGGGAGCUCUCUGUGGAGGCAAACAACAUCAACCGCAGCCUCCUGGCACUGGGACACUGCAUCUCUCUGUUGGCCAAACCCCGAGGGAAGAGGACGCACAUCCCAUAUCGAGACAGCAAGCUCACCCGGCUGCUGGCCCGCUCCCUGGGUGGCUCGGGCAUCACGCUGAUGAUUGCCUGCAUCUCCCCAUCCUCACGCUGCCUCUCGGAGACGCUGAGCACACUGCACUACGCCAGCCGGGCCCGGAGGGUCACCACCAGACCCCUGGCCAACAGGGUGCCCCGGGAGAAGCUGCUGCAAAGCUUGGAGAAAGAAAUCCAUGCCCUGCAGCUGGAAAACCUCUCCCUGCGCCAGCAGCUGUGCUUGCCCAGGGUGCCAAUGAGGAGCACAGAGGUGCCGGGCACCCCCCUGAAGGUGGGGUCAUGGGCAGGCUGGGGAGGCAGGCACGGCCCCACAGAGCAUCUCCCUUCAGAGGGAGCCCCAGCUUGGCCCAGCCUCUAUGGCCUCCUGAGGGACUUCGUGGUGGAGAAUGAGCAGCUGAGGCAGCCCCAGCUGCCCCCAGACCUGAGCAGUGACAUCCCAACUGGCCCAUCCCGCAGAGCCACCCGCAGCUCCUGUGCCAGCCAGCCCCAGCUCCGGAGUGCCACCAGUGUCACCCCCAGCCACCCUGCAAGGCUCUGGCAGCCUGACGUGACACCUGCCUCUGGCUCCCAGCUGCCAAAGCUGCCUCCCACCUCUGUCCGCCCUGGCUGCCCAGGGUGCCCCCAGUGCUGCCCUGUGCCAGCUGAUGCCAUUCUGUCCCAGGCACUGCCAGGACCCCCUGUGCUGCAGCAGGUCACCCCCGAGGGAAACAUUGGCAUCCUCCCACCUGGACAAGAGGUGGCUCUGUCUGGCUCUCACCAGCUCCUCGGGCACCCCCAGUCACACCAGGGAAAGCGGAGCCUGGGCAGGAGCAGGAGCUCGGCUCCACGGCACCCACUGCCCCAGGAGCUGCCAGGCCCAGAACGUUGUCCCAGCCCUGAAGGAAGGGUCAUCCCCUCAGCACCACCAUGGCCAGGACUGCUGGAGCCAAGAGCUGCCAGCACUGUCUCUCCUCUCCAGCUGGAAGAGGCACUGGACUGGCUGGCAGAGCAGAUUUGAGCAGCCAUAGCCACACCAAGGAUGGGGCCAGCAGCAGGGAUCCAGCAGAGCCCACACGCAGUUCCUACACCUGAGGGGCUGACUACAGCCCUCAGGAGCACAGGGAUCUGGGACUACAAGGACA